UAUCAUUUGCACUGUCUUUCUCUCACCAAAUUCAACAAACUUUUCUUAGUAAUGUCAACCUCCAAAACCUUGGAUAAACCCUACAAAGGAUAUGAGGCUGGUGGCAUGGUUCAAGCAGGUUUUGCACUAAUCCAGCGCAACACAUCCCCAUCUCAACCUGGUGAGAGGAGAGGCCGGAGAAAGCAGGCGGAGCCGGGGAGAUUUCUCGGGGUGAGGCGGCGGCCGUGGGGCCGAUAUGCUGCUGAAAUCAGAGACCCUACAACAAAAGAGAGGCACUGGCUUGGCACAUUUGACACUGCUCAGGAAGCAGCUCUUGCUUAUGACGGGGCUGCCCUGUCCAUGAAAGGCACCCAAGCAAGAACAAACUUUAUAUACUCUGACAACACUGCCUUCCACUCUCUUCUCACUCCAUUUGAUCAUGUUCAAGCCUUGUUACCUUCAUCACAGUUCCUCACUGCUACAACUCAGACAAAAGAACCCACCAAUCAGAAUACUCCAUUUAAGCCUAACACAUUGUGUGCAGAAACUUCAUAUGGGACAGCAGAUGACCAUGACAAUAGUUUCUUCCUCUCUGAUGAUUAUAACUCAGGCUACUUGGGAUGCAUUGUGCCUGAUAACUGCUUGAGACCUCCUCCUAAUCCCACUACUGCUACAAAAUCCAGAUGCAGCAGCAGCUUCAGUGAUUCAGAUGAUCAUCAUCCAAAUCACUCUUCCUCCAUGAACACAGCAAUAUCCAUGGAAAUUCAAUCACAUUGUGACAGCAAUACUCUCCCUUUCGACGCUGCAAAUGUGCCGGCAACACCGUCGACUUACCCCGGAGAUUUUCCUUGCUUGGAUGAACUCAACAACCAUGGAUUUUGGGAUAUUGAUCAGCAGCAGCCAUGGGGGUCGGAUUCCGGCGAACUCUCAGCAAUGAUCAACAACCCGUUGAUGGUGGAAGAUGGGUGCAUGGGAGCUUUGUAUCCAAUUAUUGAGAAUCCUAGCUACGGGAUAAUGCCUCAGGCCACUUCUUCAACCCCUUGCUUUCCAUCAGUUUCUCCUUAUUACGGUGAUGUAGUUCAUGACAUGGGAUCUUCAAUUUUUUGAGUGU